AUGUCAUUCCGCGACUCGAGUCGGCGCCAGGACACGUACAAGGCGAAGGGUGUGUUCAAGCAGGAUGAGCUUCGUCGCCGUCGUGAAGAGGCGCAAGUUGAAAUCCGUCGUCAGAAGCGUGAAGAGAGUAUGGCGAAGCGCCGCAACCUCAACUUGCAGCAAAUCUCCGACGCGCCUGACUCGGACGAAGAGGACGAAGUGAAUGAUGACUUGGACAUGAAGAUGACGUCGGAUCUUCCGGCGAUGGUGCAGGGUGUGCAGAGCGACAACUUGGACCAGCAAUUGGAAGCGACGACCAAGUUCCGCAAGCUGCUCUCGAAAGAGAAGAACCCGCCCAUCGACCGUGUGAUUGCGUGUGGCGUUGUGCCGCGCUUUGUCGAGUUCCUGCGUAGUCCCCACAGCAUGAUCCAGUUUGAGGCGGCGUGGGCGCUGACCAACAUUGCCUCGGGUACGUCGGAGCACACGCAGGUGGUCAUCAACUGCGGCGCUGUGCCGAUCUUUAUCGAGCUGCUUUCGUCGCCCGUGCUGGAUGUGCGUGAGCAGGCUGUAUGGGCGCUCGGCAACAUUGCAGGUGACUCGACCAAGUGCCGAGACUUUGUGCUGCAGCAGGGCGGUAUGCAUGCGCUGCUGGAGCUGCUGAGCGAGGACCACAAGGUGAGCAUGCUGCGCAAUGCGACAUGGACGCUGAGCAAUUUCUGUCGUGGCAAGAACCCGCAGCCGGCGUGGGAGUUGGUAUCGCCUGCGCUGCCUACGCUGACGAAGCUUGUGUAUGCCAUGGACGAUGAGAUUCUGAUUGAUGCGUGCUGGGCGAUUUCGUACCUGUCGGACGGCGCCAAUGAAAAAAUUCAGGCGGUGAUUGAGUCGGGUGUGUGCCGCCGCUUGGUCGACUUGCUGAUGCACCCCUCGGCGGCGGUGCAGACGCCGGCGCUGCGUUCGGUCGGCAACAUUGUUACGGGUGACGAUAUGCAGACGCAGGUGAUUGUGGCGAGUGGCGCGCUGACGCCACUGCUGGCACUGCUUUCCUCGCCGAAGGACGGCAUCAAAAAGGAGGCGUGCUGGACGAUCAGCAACAUUACGGCCGGCUCGCCGAGUCAGAUCCAGGCGGUGAUUGAUGCGAACAUCAUUCCGCCGCUGGUGCACAUUCUUAGUCAUGCGGACUUUAAGACGAAGAAGGAGGCGUGCUGGGCCAUUAGCAAUGCGACCAGUGGUGGUCUGCAGCAGCCGCAACAGAUCCGGUACUUGGUGUCGCAGGGCUGCAUCAAGCCGCUGUGUGACCUGCUCAAGUGUAUGGACAACAAGAUCAUCCAAGUAGCGCUGGACGGUCUGGAGAACAUUCUCAAGAUCGGCGAGCAGGACAAGGAGACGAUGGGACCUGGUGCGACGAACCAGUAUGCGAUGUACAUUGAAGAGUGCGGUGGUAUGGUGACGAUCCAUGCGCUUCAGAAUCAUGACAACUUUGACAUCUACAAGAAAUGCUUCUACAUCAUGGAUAAGUACUUCCCUGAUGACGAGGAAGAGCAAGAUACAGGCAUUGAGGCGCCGCAGGUGAGCAACACGGGCGCGUUUGCGUUCCCUUCGACCGUGGCAGCGCCGCAGACGGGCUUCCAGUUCGGUCCUUCUCAGAACAUGCAGUCGUAA